GCACAUAGAUUUUCCUAACCUCUUCCUUCUGGCCCCUCCUCUUCCCUGUACACAAUUCUUACAGAUGGCUGGGUCUGUGGUUCUCAAAUUGCGCACUGCUCUUCAUCAAGCACACUGCUCCUCAGCUGUGGGCCUUUGUAUCCAUAUCAGAGGUUCCUUCUUGCCCAUUAUUAUAUCCUUGCUACUGAGCUGGGUGAGAUGGUCCAGAACUGGGUCGAGAUGCUGGCCUCAUUUCUGUCCAUCUAGUCUUCUGAAACACCCUUCAGGGAUGCAGAAGCUGCACCUUAGUCCUGAGAGCAGAGGAUUGGGUUCUUGGCAGGAGCAUGUGGAUGUUACUUCCAGCAAAACCAGCUGAACUUGCAGUACCCAGCCCUGUCAGUGUAGACGCUUACCUGCCCCCCUGCAGCUGACAGACUGAAGACCAGAGUCACCACGUGCAAGGUGGAGUUGACCGGAGAGUCUUCAGGCCAUCUCAGUGCCACAGGCCCGACAGCAGGAACCUAAGAGUUCUCUGAGUCCUCCAGCACUCCUUUUUCUGUGUGUGUGUGUCUGUGUGUGCGUGCGUGUGUGUGUGUGUGUGUGUGUGUGUGUGUGUGUGUCUGUGCGUGCAUGCGUGCGUGUGUGUGUCUGUGUUGUGUAGAAGCAGGACUCUGGGUUUCAGCAUGGUGGCACAUACCUUCUUUUAAUCACAGUGCUCAGAAACCAAACAGGCAAAACUCUUAUGUUCAAGACCAUCCUGAACAUAGCAAGUUCCAGAACAACCAGAGCUACAUAGAGACUUUCUGAAAACACAAAAAACAAAAUCCACACUCAAUUACAACCUUGCCUCGGCUGUCCUCCAGUAUCUUGCAGCCAUGUGAUACCCUUAGAAUAGAGAAAGCUGUAUCUCUGAGAAUGUGGCCACCCCCUUGGCCUUUCAGUUCCUACGCUGGACUAUCAGAGUUGAGAGAUGGAAUUGCAAUUAAAAUGUUUAAAACUGCCAAGUGGUGGUGGCACAUCCCUUUAAUCCCAGCAUUCAGAAGGCAGAGGCAGGUUGAUCUCUGAGUUUGAGGCCAGCCUGGUCAACAGAGGGAGUUUCAGGACAGCCAGGGCUACACAGAGAAACCCUGACUGAAAAAGAAAGAAAGAGAGAGAAAGGAAAGAGAAAGAAAGAAAGAAAGAAAGAAAGAAAGAAAGAAAGAAAGAAAGAAAGGUUAAAAGUAUGAGGCAUGACUGUUUUUAACUUAUAAAGUAUACAGUUCUCAUGGGGGAAGGGAACAUUUACAGAUGAUAAAAACUCGCUGUACGGCCCCACCAUGGCUCAGUGGGGACAUACUGCCAAGCCUAGCAACCUGGGGUUGAUGCCAGGACAAGGAGAGAACUGACCCUGGUUCAGCGUCCUUCAGUCACCACUCACGUUAGGGGACAUGCACCAAUAAAUGCACAACAUGUAGUUUAAAAGGUAAAUGAGCCUCAUUGUAGAAGGCCGCUGUGGGCUGGUGAGGUUGGUUCAUAGCAGUAGAGGUGCUUGUGUGCAAGGCCAGUAGACUUCAGUCCCUGGACCUCACCACGGGGCAGGAAAGAACCGACUGCAAGCAUUGUCCUCAGACCACACACACCUGCACUCACACACUCAGAAGAAGGACCAUAGGCAGCUGGAACAUUUCCAGGGUCGACUAAAUUUUCAUCUGCUCCUUAGACCUCUGGUGCCAACUGGCUUUUGUUUUUUUUAAGAUUUGUUUUUUUAUGUAUGUAAGUGUUUUUGCCUGCAUGUAUGUAUGUGUACUGUGUCUGUGCCUGAUGCCUACAGAGGCCAGAAGAAGGUAUGGAGCCUCUGGAGUUACAGACAGCCCAUGUGUGGGUGCUGGGCACCGACCCAGGUCCUCAGUGAAAAGCUGUGCCAUCCCUCCAGCCCCAUAGCUUCUGGGUUUGAUCACCUCCCCGUCUUUUUCAGUAACUCGGAUAUUCUCUUUUCCUUAAGGAUCGAGUUUUAGAGGACAAAGGAGAAAGCCACCCUUGUGCACUUGGGAAAGGAGUAAAGUAGCAAGCACUACACACACUGCUCAGCUGGAGAUAAGAAUGCAGUCUUGCGUGGCUGACUGAAUUCUGAGUCACACCCUCAGCUCCCAGCCCUUGCCUGGCCUAAACUUUUGGGGUUAGCCAGGCAUGGAGGUGCACACCUUUAAUCAUAGAUUUCCGAGUUCGAGGCCAGCCUGGUCUACAAGAGCAAGUUCUGGGACAGCCAGGGCUACACAGAGAAACCCUGUCUCAAAAAAACAAGCCCUCCUCCCCCCAAAAAGGAAACAAAAUCCGAGAAAGUGACGAAGUGAGCCCAGGGAGGGUAGAGCUGGAAAGGUGGUUAGCAUUAAGGGGAGAGUAUGGGGAAGUCAUUCUGACUUCACCGUCAGACAUCUAGAAUCUCAUGAGUGAGUAUGAGAACAGAAGCCCUUUCCUGUAGGGUUUUAGCUUGCUGGUCGGAAACAUGGUCAGCAUGGCAAAGGCCCUGGGUUCAAUCCCUGGUACUUGGAGUGGGGUAGGGUACUGCAGUGUUAGGUAGGAAAUGCCCCUUCCUGAGGAGCUGACCUGCUCAGCGGAAACUCAGAAGAGCAGCUCUGGGGGAUGGGAGGAGUCGGGGUCCAGCCCUGCCCCAGACCUCCUGGUUCCAAUUUCUGCCCGUCAGCUGUCCUCUCAGCUGUCCCUGGUCCUCCAGCCCUGUCAUUACAGCCCUGCCACCACAGAGAGGCUACGAGGCCUCCCAGUACUGUCCGAGUAGCUGUGUGAGUCCAGAAGGUACCGGGGCUUAGCCCUGGAGGAAGAGGACUAGCCCUCCCCCAGCACCACCAUCAAGGUCUCAGGGACUCCCUCUUUCCACACUGACCUGACUUAGGGAGUCUCAGAAGUAAGUCGUCUCUUCCUCAUCGUUUCAUUUCCUGAGUCUGUUCGGCCUCUUCCUUUCUCUCCUUAUCUGUGAGUAGUUUGAACUGUCGAAGUGAAAUUGUUCUACUUCAGGAUGAGUCGAGACUGGAGGGGGGGUGACGGGUGGGGGGUUCUAGAGACUGGAGUAGUAAGGGGAGGAAAGGCUCAUAUUACUCUGAAAACCAAAAUAGCAGAGGCCUGAGGCAGGCCAGGACAGAACUAGGCACAAGGUCCCCAGGGCUCAGGAGCGAGGCAGGGGAGGGCAGAUCUCGGGACACACCUUCAUACAUGUAGACAAGAACACCUGAAGCCAUGAGAAGGUGUGUAUUGCAUCAGUCAUGAGUAUGUGUAGGACUGUGAUUCUCAACUUGUGAGUGGUCGCAUGUCAGAUCUCCUGCGUAUCAGAUAUUCACACUACGAUUCAUAACAGCAAAUGUACAGUUAUGAGGUAGCUGUGAAAUAAUUUUAUGGUUGGGGGUCACCACAACAUGAGGAACUGUUAAAGGCUCACAGCAUUGGGAAGGUUGAGAGCCACUGCCAUAGGAGAACCCAGAAGCCAGCAGCCUUGAGUACCAUUGGAUUUGUAGACUCUGGGGCUGCUCCUUGACAUGGAAAGACAAGUAUCAGUUUAAGGAACUGGUUGAGAAGUCUUCUGUCUGUUGGACAUUCUUUUCUGGACCUCUAUAGAAUUUGUUCACAGACUCUACCAAAGGCUCUUGAACCAAGUAUCUCCCGAAGCCUCCCCAUGGAGGGCCCCCCACUGCGUGCAGGCAGUCAGGGGUUAGCUCUCAGUGGGCUCCAACCUCUUGCAGGAUGACAGAGAAGGAGGCACCGGAAUCCCCUAAGCCCCCUUUCCCAUCAGAGACUCCACAAAGUGGGCUCCAACGCCUGAAGCAGUUAUUCAAGAAGGGUUCUCCAGAGACAACGGAGAUGGAACCUCCCCCAGAGCCCCAGGCCAAUGGAGAGGCAGUAGGGGCCGGGGGUGGGCCCAUCUACUAUAUCUAUGAGGAAGAAGAAGAGGAGGAGGAGGAGGAGGAACCACCCCCAGAACCUCCUAAGCUUGUCAAUGAUAAGCCCCACAAAUUCAAAGAUCACUUCUUCAAGAAGCCCAAGUUCUGUGAUGUCUGUGCCCGGAUGAUUGUGCUCAAUAACAAAUUUGGGCUCCGCUGUAAGAACUGCAAAACCAACAUCCAUGAACAUUGCCAGUCCUACGUGGAGAUGCAGAGAUGCUUCGGCAAGAUCCCUCCUGGUUUCCGUCGUGCCUACAGCUCCCCGCUGUACAGCGACCAGCAGUAUGCUUCUGUCUCCACUGCCAAUCGCAACGACCCUGUGUUUGAGACCCUGCGCGUCGGGGUGAUCAUGGCAAACAAGGAACGGAAGAAGGGCCAGGCAGAUAAGAAAAAUCCUCUGGCAGCCAUGAUGGAGGAGGAACCAGAGUCAGCCAGGCCAGAGGAAGGCAAGUCCCCGGAUGGGAACAAUGCAGAAGGAGACAAGAAGGCGGAGAAGAGAACACCUGAUGACAGACACAGGCAGCCUGGCUUCCAGCAGUCUCAUUACUUUGUGGCUCUCUAUCGGUUCAAAGCCUUGGAGAAGGAUGAUCUGGAUUUCCCGCCAGGGGAGAAGAUCACCGUCAUCGAUGACUCCAAUGAGGAGUGGUGGCGGGGGAAAAUCGGGGAGAAGGUCGGAUUCUUCCCUCCAAACUUCAUCAUUCGGGUCCGGGCUGGAGAACGUGUGCACCGCGUCACCAGAUCCUUUGUGGGCAACCGUGAGAUUGGGCAGAUCACUCUGAAGAAAGACCAGAUCGUUGUGCAGAAAGGAGACGAAGCUGGCGGCUACGUCAAGGUCUACACCGGCCGCAAGGUGGGGCUGUUCCCCACCGACUUCCUGGAGGAGAUUUAGGCGUUCUGGCGCCCGCCGGCCGGAGACGCCUAGGCCUGGUUCUGGGCGGGGCCCAGUGCGGGCUCGGGAGGGGAGGGGCUGCUGGACUGCUGGAGGAGGAGGAGGGUUGGAGAGGCCUGCGGGAGCACGGUGGUGCUUCUGGGGAGGGACUGUCUCGCACCUCUCUCCGCCUGCCUAGGGCUUGGGAUACCCGGUGCGCAGAGCAGGCGGCACCCGUCAGACCCACCCUUGAGGUCCAUCCAAGAGCUGGGGGGCGGGGGUGCACACCCGUAAAGAGGCGCCCAGGGGCCGAAUUGUCAGAGGUUGCGAAUUUAUUAAAGUUUUGACAA